ACACACACACACUUUCACAUUCUUCCUGCACUCCCUUACUGCCACAAACAGAAAGGGAGGGAUUUGCUGUAGUGGAGAGAGAAAAACGUGAGGGAGGGGGGAGUUGGUAGAACGGAAGGGUUGAGAGAGACAGCAAGAGAGAGAGGGGGGGUAGCACAUGUGUAUGCGUUCGUGAGAGAGGGAGGCGAGGAAGCCGCCGCCAUAUGCCGAGUGGAGUCUACAUGAGAAAACCAUGGGAAGCUCACAUCUCCUCAACAAAGGCAUGCCUCUAGGCAUUAGGCCCCCAAUCAUGAAUGGGCCUAUGCACCCGCGCCCCCUAGUGGCUCUGCUGGAUGGGCGAGACUGCACAAUAGAGAUGCCUGUCCUGAAAGAUGUCGCCACUGUGGCCUUCUGCGAUGCCCAGUCGACGCAGGAGAUCCAUGAGAAGACGGACCUGGAGUAAUUCACGCAUUCUGUGCGCACAGGUGCUGAAUGAAGCCGUGGGAGCGUUGAUGUAUCACACCAUCACUCUGAUGAGAGAAGACCUGGAGAAGUUCAAAGCGCUCCGCAUCAUCGUGCGCAUCGGUAGCGGCUAUGACAACAUUGACAUCAAGUCUGCGGGCGAGCUUGGAAUUGUUGUGUGUAACAUGCCAGCCGCCUCGGUGGAGGAGACGGCCGACUCCACGCUGUGUCACAUCCUCACCUUGUAUCGGCGUACCACAUGGCUCCAUCAGGCUCUGCGGGAGGGCACACGGGUCCAAAGCGUGGAGCAGAUCCGAGAGGUUGCUUCAGGAGCAGCGAGGAUCAGAGGGGAGACGUUGGGACUCAUCGGACUAGGUCGAGUGGGCCAGGCUGUAGCCUUGCGAGCUAAGACGUUUGGCUUCAAUGUCAUUUUUUAUGACCCCUAUUUGGCGGACGGCGUGGAAAGAUCCCUGGGCCUUCAAAGAGUCACCACGCUACAGGAUCUGCUCUUCCACUCCGACUGCGUGUCGCUGCACUGCAGCCUGAACGAACACAACCACCACCUCAUCAACGACUUCACCAUUAAGCAGAUGCGUCAGGGAGCAUUCCUGGUCAAUACGGCAAGGGGGGGUCUGGUGGAGGAGAAGGCCCUGGCCCAGGCCCUGAAGGACGGAAGAAUACGUGGCGCUGCCCUGGAUGUUCACGAGACGGAACCCUUCAGUUUCAGUCAGGGUCCCCUGAAGGACGCCCCUAACCUGAUCUGCACCCCUCAUGCCGCCUGGUACAGCGAACAGGCCUCGCUAGAGAUGCGUGAGGAGGCUGCCAGGGAGAUCCGGAGAGCCAUCACAGGUCGUAUUCCGGACAGUCUUAAGAACUGCGUCAACAAGGAAUUCCUGACUCAGAACAACCACUGGACGGCAGUGGAACCAGCCAACGUCCACCCAGAACUCAAUGGAGCCUACAGGUACCCGCCAGGCAUCGUUAGCAUGACCAGUGGUGGCCUCCCGCCCCCCGUGGAGGGCAUCGUGCCCAACACAGUGCCCGUCACACACCCUCUCCCACCUGCAGUCGCACACCCGCCACACACGCCGUCACCCGGACAGAACACAGUCAAGCCACCGGAGGGUGACAGAGAGCAGCAUCCAAACGAGCAGCUGUAGUCUAAAAGCGCAGCGGGAAGACAAAGUCCAGUAAACAACUACUGAUCCCAAAAUGAUGUACAGGCACCGAUUGCUCGUCCAAACUCCAAAGAAAGGCAAGAAGACAGCAGUGAUGGUCAGCAGACGGAAACAAAGAGGUUGGAAACUCCAUUUGUGCAAAGACUGAGGGAAAACUAAUCUUUUUGACAGUCGCGUGUCCAAAAUUUCCCUUUGGUUGCUAUUCUACACAAGCCCCCAUCAUUCCUUGGCCCUGAAAGUAAAAAAAAAAAAAAAAAAGAAGCUGUUGGCUUUGAAAUGAAUGUAAGUUGUUCAAGCAGAACAGUGUUUUACCAACCUUUUAAAAAUCAAAGGUGAAUUAAUUUACAUGAGAAAAGUCUUACGGCACACCAAAGAAAGAUGUUACAAAAAUUAGAUACUACAGUGGUACCUUGACUUAAGAGAGCCCCAAUAAAGUUAGAUUUUUUUCUUUUUUUGCCUCGUGUUGCGAACCAAACUUUGAGUUUUUGCCCCUCAAGUCAAGUGAAAAACAUUCAAUGCUACAGCUGAGGUACGAUAAUGCUCUCGCAUGUCAGCAAAGAGAGCCACAGUCAGUGAUGCGCUUUUACUUUUUACAGACUUAAACAUAAGAGUGGGUUCACUUGAACAGUUUGAAAAUAUAAAAAUUCUCUUAAAUAUUAUCUUUGGUCAUUCAAUUCCUUCAAAUUUACAAUUUUUUAAUCCCUUUUUGCCUUUUUGACAGUCAAACCGACCAGUUUGAAAGCCUACUUUAAAAAUAUAUGCUAUAUUACUAAAAAUUGGAUUUUGGGCUUUAUUUUUCUUCUUUCUUUUUAAAGAAGUUUUGAAAUAUGCGUAGUAGAUAUGCGAGUGGACUAUUUGUGGAUUUCCUUAAUGACAUUUUAAAUGUUUUUUUCCCUUAACAUAUUUUUAUAUUUAUUUAUAUUUUAUUAUGAACUUUUCAAAAUAUUGCUUAGAGUUAAUCUGGUCUACCCCCAAUGCAUUUAUAAUAGCCUAACCCUAUUCCCGAGCUGGUCGGCCUCUAUCCCUAAUUUAGAAUCUGUUUGUUGAUUUUAACUACUAUAAAGGCACAGUGGUAUAUUGACUUAGUUUUAAUUUACGAGUUUUGAGAAUUAUGAGCCUUCACUUCAUCAUUAUAUUUUUUCAUGUUGUGAACCAAAAGUUGGGUUUUGCGUGAGCUUCUCAUAUGUUGUUGCUCCAUUUAAGUGGAAAAAAAGAAAAAAUAAUUAAUUUACUGAAAGGAGAGGCACGAUCCCCUAUGUAAUUUGAAACUUUAAUUAAACUGCACAACAGACUUCACCCACUGGGCCAGACCCCUUAAAAGCACAUUAAAAGCACACAUCUAACAAACAUACUAUAUUAUGUACAGUAAUUAUACUUUAUGAAACCAGUUUAUUUCUUUAAAUUCAAUCUAGUGCUGUUUUAGGUCGUUUUUUUUUUUUUUUGGAGGGGCUGGGCUGUAAAAAUAGCAUCGAAAUUCAUUUAUAUGGGGGAAAAACUGAUUUGCCUUUCAAGUGAACUGAGAUACUGUACAAGCUCAGCCAUAGAAUAAACUUGAGAAUGAAGGUACCACUGUACAUCGUUUCCAUUCACCCACAAAUUCUUUGGACAUGUUUGGUUCAACAAAGAUAUUUUGGCAUCGAAUCAAAAAACGAUGAACCCAAGUCACUAAUACAUCAUGAUCAAUGUUGUAAAAUAAAUCAUUUGGGCCAGAAUGAAAUGGCGGCGGAGGUGUGCAAUUUCCUCAACUGAUGAUCUUUCAUGGCAUUUUUGGCACAGAGGUAGGGAAUCACGGUUUUAAACUGGAGUGGAGGCCGGAAGAUGCUGGAAACGAACUAGAUACAUCUGUGAGACAAUUUUCCUAAACAAGCCACCCUGAAAAAGAGGCAGCUAUUUUUUUGCACACCAUCUCAGGAUCUUUAGUUUCCGCACUUGGUCUACUGUUGACUUCAUUUCCUGCCGUUUAGUGCUUCUUUUUGUUCUUUCUCUCUUUUUUUUGCAACUUGAAUUGCUGAGGGUGUUUGCUGUAGUUUGUACAGAGACUGCAAUUUCUGAGAUUGCACGUUUGUUGUAAGCAGGUGGCGAAAUAUUGUGCUUGACAAUGAUUUUUUUUCAAACAAUGUUGGGAAAAUGCAAAAUAAUGCACUGAGAUUCUGUACUGUAGCAGACUUAAAUGUAUAGCGUUAAACUUGUAAAGUAGUCCCCCCACCCCGCUAUAUUGCGUCCAUCUAUCGCAGCCUGGUUACAAAGCACAUUUUUUGUGUGGACCACAUUCACCUGUCUACCGUAGAAAUCCCCUCUGUAUCGCAGUAUACUUAAAAACUGUAAUGCCCUCACAUGUGGAAAAGUAUAGGAGAACUAUUCUCCGAUGCACUUUUCAAAAAAACACAAAUCCUGGUCACAAAUCAUACUUUGAAACCAUAACACUUCUUUGAAAGUCCAAUCAAGGCUUAAAACCCGAAUUUGAAAGCCUUACACAUAGCCUGGAACCUUAGCAUAAAAUAAUAAAGCUGGUUUAAAUCCUAAUUUGAAGCCCUAACUCUGUCUUGAAACCAUAAUUUGGAACACCAACUUUUUGGGAAAACUAACCUUGGAUUUAAACCCUGAAAUGAAACUUGUUUUAAAUUAUACAUUGGGCUUGAAAUCAUAAUUGUGCUUUAAAAUAGUACACCAGGUUUGACAACCUAUUUUAGAACCCUAACACUGUUUUGAAACCCUCACCAUGAAUUGAAACCAUAAUUUGUAAGCCUAACGCUAUUUUGAAAUCCUAAUUCACAAGUCUAGCAUUUGUUGGUUUUAAAACCCAAAUUUAAAAUGCUAACCGUGGUUUAAAACUCAAAUUUGAAAUCCUGAAACGUGUAAGAAACACAACAGAAUAACAGCAUUCACUCUUGUAAAAAAUGUGUUUUAACAGAUAUGUUCAAUGUGUUGCAGGUGAAAAACUGUCUUUAAUUUUUUUGGGGGGGUGGGCAGUUUGUCUAUAUUUAAAACUGGGUGAGUCUGAGAUGCGUUCCCGGCAAUAAGAGGGGGUUCACCAUAAGAUAUCUUUUUUGUGAUCCAGAGCUUCCACUGUAAAUACGACAGCUGUGAAGUUUUGCACAGGCUUUGCUUCCUUCAAAAAGAAAAAAUCAAAAUCCCCCGCUACCUACAUUGGUUCCUUACUUUGAAUCAUUUUUACAAAGCACUAGAGUGAAUAGCACAACAUUCCCUUUAACAUUUCAUGAUGAGUCCUUACUAAGUGUACCAUUUGGCCACCGCGGGGCUCUCCGUGUCCUUAUAUGUACAUAAUGUGGUGGUGUUUUUCUGCCUGCCUGUGUCAAUGUGACUUGGUUUGUAUCUGUGUCUAAAAAGCAGCGCUGCGAGUGGCAGCACUGGGUUCCUAAAGGUAUCGUCACGGAGGGCGCAAUCAACUGAAACGAGCUACGGUGCUCGGCUCAUACCUUUGUUUUGGUCAAGCAUUAAAAUCCAUAGCCUAGUGUAAACACAGACUUUCGUCUGGAUUUAUAACCAAACCGGAUCAAUGUGUGCUGCUGCAAUUUGCGACUAUACCCACCAAAAUAUGCAUGGCCAAAAAUGCAUGCCAAGCUUAAUUGUGAAUCACUGCUUAUGGGAAGAGCUGAGAGUUUGAUGACGCGACGAAAUGUUAGUGAAGACAAUUGUUCACCCAAAGAGGCUAAAGUGCCAACUGACAGAAAUGUAUACAGUACUUGUAGAUGCAAUAACUUUGCUCCUGAGUCCACUGUGAGACUCGUGUAUGUUUAUCUACAUGCGGUUUACAGAAAAAUACAACUUAAAUGUUCAAAUCUGGAAGUUUGUCCAAGUGACGGUGCUUUCAGGAUCCCAUUCCAGAUCAGGCAUUUUGACUGUUGCCUACCCGUUUUACUUUGACGUAGCAAGCGUAGCGACCAGGGAUGGAUAUUUCACAUCGAUGUUCCCAAUUCUAAACCUGAGUUGAGUGCCAAGUCCUCGCUGGGCCAAACUCUGAAAUGUGUACGUUCUAAGGCCUUGGGAAUUUUGCAGGAAAUUCCUGUGGACUACACAUUCCUCACAAGAUGCCUAUCACCUUUGCUGUUUCUAUGGCAACCUCUACAGAAAUUGUUCAUCAUUCAAAAACAGCACUUUGAAAUUCCUUCCCUGGUAGUGACAAACAGUCCACUGUUGCCUACACGUUUGUCAUCUUUAUGGUAGUAGUAGGUGUAGCAAUAUACAAUACAUACAUAUACAUAUUCUAUAUUCUACAGUAAAUAUUAUUUUUGGCCUAAACCCUAAUGAAAAAUGUUUGUGCCUGUAUGCAUUUGUAUGAAUUAUUUUAAAAGGAAAUAAAAUUGUGGAUGAUGAUGUUU